ACAAGCAGUGAGGAAACCAUGAUGCAAGGUUAUCUGGAUGAAGGGGAGUAGGGGUUUGAAAUUGGAUAACGAUGAGAGUGUUAUGUGGAUUGCAUUUUUGGUUCAUUUUCCUUAAAAAGACAUCACCGCCCUUUUCUUCUUUUUUCCAUGAAUUUUUCUUUUCCACACUAAAUCAUACGUCUCAUAGACUCUUUUGUCCGCUUCUUCCCUCUAUUUUUUGUCUCUCUAUGAACUCACUGAAGGCCUUCAAUGCGUUCUACAACAGAUGCUACAACAAGCGCCCUAUUUUAACGCUUUGUGUAGCCAACGGUAUCCUCGGUGCCAUCAGCGACAGUCUAGCACAAAGUAUCACCUUAUACAACAGCCAUCAUAAGCGUCAACAGUUGUUUGAAGAAGAUCGCUACCUGCCAGACCAACUGAAAAAGCACAAAGAUCUAUGGACAGCAUCAGAUCAAUGGGAUUUUAAAAGAACGUUUCGAUUUGCCGCCUAUAAUUUCUGUGUAGCUCCCUUGGGAGGGAAAUGGUACAUGUUUUUGGACAAGUUCUUCCCUAUGCCCGUCGUGGCGACUGCAGCAAGCAAGGUGCUUCAACAACAAGCAGCCAAGACAGCGAAUAAAAUGGCUAUCAAGCGUAUGAUCACAGAUCAAGCCCUAUUUGCACCCGCCGGCUUAGUUUUGUUUUUCACUGUCAUGGGAUUAGCCGAGACAGGCGGCCGAUGGGAAGGUGUGAGAGAAAAGUUUAGAGACGCGUACGCGCCUGCUUUGAUCGCUAAUUACAAAGUCUGGCCAGCCGUUCAGUUUAUCAACUUUAAAUUUAUGCCUUUGCCUUAUCGUCUGCCCUUCGUGAGUACAUUGGGUAUUGUUUGGAACGCUUAUUUGAGUUGGCUGAAUAAUGCUUCAAAACAGGAAGAAAGUGUUUUGGAAAGCCUUCAAAAGAAUGAGAAGGAAGGCUUGCAAGUCAUUUCACCUGCCUAGACCAUUCGCGCUAUGUCAUCUAGUUCAUCCCUAUUUAUUUAUUAUCAUCAUUUUUUUUUUUUUUGUACCUUUUAUAUACCACGCGUUUUGUAAUUAAAUCUGAAUUUUUUGUAUUA